CGGUGGACGCGAGCCUCGGCCAGGGCCUGGGGUGGCCAGGCCAGACCCGGGUUGGCGGCUGGACUUGGGCGUUGGGAAGCAAAGGGCCGCGGGCAGGGAGCAGGGAACAAGUGGGAGCGAGCAGGAAGCAGGGGGCAGGGAACAAGUGGGAGCGAGCAAGGUCCGGAGAUCCGGUAUCCGAGGCGGAGUCGGUCACCUCCCGCCGGCCCCAGGGUGGCGGCGGACAUUGGGUCCCGGGCCCCGUCCGGGGCCCCGGAGACCACGGCGUCGGCGUCGGAUGGGCCCGGGGACCCGGUAGGGCCGGCCGGGCCCCGGUGUCCUGGAGCCUCCGGGCCCGAAGAGGAUCGGGGCGCCAUGGCCCACGCCAGGGCAGGCAACGUGGAGGAGAUGUACGAGAUGCUGGAGAAGCUGGGCAGCGGGCACUUUGGGUUUGUGCAGCGCUGCCGGGAGCUGGCCACGGGCACCUGCUUCGCCGCCAAGUUUGUCAAGGUGCGGCGGCGGCGGGGCAGCCGGCUGGGGCUGGACCGGGGCCAGGUGGAGCGCGAGGUGGCCAUCCUGCAGGCCUUGAACCACCCGCACGUCAUUCGCCUACACGACAUCUUCGCCAGCCGGGCUCAGGUGGUGCUGGUCCUGGAGCUCCCUGGCCCCGGCCUCGCCCCCUCCUCCCACCCCGGCCCCAGGAUCCAGGGCGGGGAACUGUUCGACUUUGUCGCCGAGAAGGAGGCGCUGAGCGAGGUGGAGGCCAUCGAGUUCCUCCAGCAGAUUCUGGAGGGGGUGGCCUAUCUGCACAGCCAACACAUCGCGCACUUUGAUCUCAAGCCUGAAAACAUCAUGCUGAAGCAGAAAGACACAGCCCGCCCCUGGAUCAAGAUCAUCGACUUCGGCCUGGCGCAGCGGCUGCAGGAAGGCGUGGAGUUCAAGAGCACGUGCGGGACGCCCCAAUAUGUGGCACCCGAACUGGUCAACUUCCAGCCGUUGGGAGUCCCCGCAGACAUGUGGAGCAUCGGAGUCAUCACCUACAUCCUGCUCAGCGGCCUGUCCCCGUUCCAGGGGGAGACGGACCAGGAGACGCUGGCCAACGUGGUGGCCGGAGCCUUCGAGUUUGAGGAGCAGUACUUCGGCCAGACGUCAGACGAGGCCAAGGACUUCAUCCGCAGCCUGCUGGUGCAGGACCCCAGGGAGCGGAUGACGGCCAAGCAGUGCCUUCGACACCCCUGGAUCCAGCCGCUGACACCCAGGCAGGAGAAGAGCCGCAGCCGCUCCUCCAUCAACAUGAAGAAAUUCCGGCAGUUUAAUAUCCGGCGCAAGUGGAAGCUCUCCUACAACAUGGUCUUCGCCUGCAACCGCUUCUGCCGGCUGGGGCUGCUCUGCAACCAGGGGCUGGAGGACGAGGAGCUGCGCGACUGCGAGAGUGACCAAGAGGAGAACGAUCACCCGGUCUCCCUCCUCCGCCGCCGCCGCAGCAGCAGCUCCUGAGCCGGUGAAAGGGGGGGACUGUAGUAGGGGUGGCGGCUGGGGGAGGGCAGUCGGAGGCCACCCCUCAUUUCCCCCUCAACAUGACCCGCGAUGUCUUCC